AUGAAGAGAGAAAGAGAAAGUGAUCAUAACAAUACUAAUAGUAUAACCAUGGCUAAGUAUUUGAUGUAUCUUUCUGGUGGAGCUCAACAAUUUGAUCAAAUGAGUUACUCUUCAAAUUUCAACAACCGCGUGUUCGAGUGCAAGACAUGUAAACGACAGUUUUCGUCGUUUCAAGCGUUGGGAGGACACCGUGCGAGUCACAAGAAACCGAGGUUGAUGGAGAUGAAUAGUGAUGGCGACGGUGGAAUAUUUACAACAACAACAAAGGCUAAAACACAUGAAUGCUCAAUUUGUGGAUUGGAGUUUUCAAUAGGUCAAGCUUUGGGUGGUCACAUGAGAAGACACAGAAGACUUUUGAAUACUACAAAUGGAAAUACGCACGCUUUUAUCGAUAAUACUGCAACCAAUAGUAAUAAUAACAGUGAUUGCAGUACCGUUGAUAAUAGUACUGAUACUAAUUUAGCGAAGAGGAAGAAGUUGAACACGAAGAAAUUUUUGUCUCUGGAUUUGAAUUUGACACCUUUAGAGAAUGAUUUGAAGAUUUUGAAGAUUGGACAAUCAACUCCUAAUUUGGUGGAUUGUUUCAAUUGA